AGUAGUCAAGGAACGGAAGCCGGGAAGGAACUAGGGCGGAAGGGGACCACGGGCCAGGAUUGUGUUCGGUUCCUUGGGGGUUCCGAUGUGGUCCCCGGAACGGGAGGCCGAGGCCCCGGCCGGGGGAGAGCCGGCGGGCCUCCUGCCCCCGGAGUGGGAGGAGGAUGAGGAGCGUAUGUCCUUCCUGUUUUCGGCUUUCAAGAGGAGUCGCGAGGUGAACAGCACCGACUGGGACAGCAAGAUGGGAUUCUGGGCGCCGUUGGUGCUGAGCUACAGCCGCCGCCAGGGGGUGGUGCGCCUGCGUCUGCGAGACUUGCAGGAGGCCUUUCAGCGCAAGGGGAGCGUCCCGCUAGGGCUGGCCACGGUGCUACAGGACCUGCUGCGUCGAGGGGAGCUGCAGCGAGAGUCAGACUUCAUGGCCAGCGUGGACAGCAGCUGGAUCUCCUGGGGGGUUGGCGUCUUCCUGCUGAAACCCCUCAAGUGGACUCUGUCCAAUGUGCUGGGGGAUAAUAAGGUCCCUGCUGAGGAGGUGCUUGUGGCCGUAGAGCUGCUGAAGGAAAAGGCUGAGGAGGUGUAUCGCUUGUACCAGCACUCGCCCCUGUCCUCCCACCCUGUGGUGGCCCUGUCGGAGCUCAGCACCCUGUGCGCCAACUCCUGCCCCGAUGAGAGGACCUUCUAUUUGGUAUUGCUGCAGCUGCAGAAGGAGAAGCGGGUCACGGUCCUCGAGCAGAACGGGGAGAAGAUUGUGAAGUUUGCCCGGGGGCCACACGCCAAGGUGUCCCCUGUCAAUGACGUGGAUGUUGGGGUGUACCAGCUGAUGCAGAGUGAGCAGCUCCUCUCACGCAAAGUGGAGUCCCUGUCCCAGGAGGCCGAGAGGUGUAAGGAGGAAGCCCGAAGGGCCUGCCGAGCAGGAAAGAAACAGCUGGCACUAAGGUCCCUCAAGGCCAAGCAGCGGACAGAGAAGCGCAUUGAGGCCCUGCACGCCAAGCUGGACACUGUUCAAGGCAUCCUGGACCGCAUCUAUGCCUCCCAGACUGACCAGAUGGUUUUCAAUGCCUACCAGGCUGGGGUAGGAGCUCUGAAGCUGUCCAUGAAGGACGUCACGGUGGAGAAGGCAGAGAGCCUGGUGGAUCAGAUCCAAGAGCUGUGUGACACCCAGGAUGAAGUUUCUCAGACUCUGGCUGGUGGCGUAACCAACGGUUUAGAGUUUGACAGUGAGGAACUGGAGAAGGAGUUGGACAUCCUCCUUCAGGACACCACCAAAGAACCUUUGGAACUGCCUGAUAGACCCCAGUCUUACACCAACAGUGUGCCUAGGAUCUCUGAUGCUGAACUUGAAGCUGAACUUGAGAAACUGUCCUUAUCAGAGCCAGAUUUGGUCCCGAGCAGUAAAUCUCCAAAAAGGCUAUUGGAACCAACUCUCUAAAGCCAUUGUAGGACCCUCAAGUGAAGGACCCUCACAUAACAGACCAGCCUCACGUGUGUACAUAGUUAUUUAAAUGAGAACCUGUCAGAAUUGGAAGAGGAGGAAAAAGAAGCACUCUGGUAUAUCUGGAUGCUGCCACUCUGCAGGACAGAUAGAAGCUCUGGAAGCAGUGUUCCAAAAGCUUGCUCCUGGCGGGUGUCAUAGACCUCCCUUCUCAUCCUGAUAGUGCCACAGUUUGUACAAUGCUGUGUGUGACCUGUUGUCUCUCAUAGCCUGCUAUUCUUGCCAACGGCUCAGUUAGGUUUCUCUUCACCCAGCAGCUUCAUUCCAGCCAAUGAAGGUGAAAAAUUUGCAGCUUUGCCAAAUCAAAGUCAGUCUUCUCCCACAGCCCCUCCAUUUUUUUCCAGAGGGAUUUAUUCUAUCUGUAAUGUCCAUUAACAACUUCCUGUCCAAUUCCAUUUUCAUUGAUAAUGAGAAGAAUAAGAAUCAAAUACUUAAAAGUUAAAUUCGAAGAGACUUAACAGCUGCUACUUCAUGGAGAAACAGUGUGCAAGAUUUUUCUCAGCGUGCAAUGUCACAUUCUCCAGACGUGAGGAAAGGAUGUCAACCCUCAGUGGCCAGGGUCAUAUAGCUGGGAGGGGGACUUGUGUGGUCAGCGGAUGCAGCUCUUCCAUCUUAAUGCAGAAGAUCUACUGAUGGUGGAAAGAGUCAGUCAUUCUUGAGCUUUGGAACUUGAGUGGGGAGAGGCCCAGGUGACUACAGGGCCCCAAGGUAUCCACACCCCAUGAUCUUUUUUUUUUCAUAGCGGCAAAGCUUUUACCUUGCCCCCUCAUGCAAUUAUAUAUGUAAAUGCUUGUUACUGAAGAUGCCACACAAUAUCACUCCUUCCUCCCCUUUGAGAACCUGACCCACACCAACAGAGCCCCCAUUCGAGUUGGAAAAUCAUUUCCUGUGUAGUCCACUGCUCAGGAUGGGGGACCUGAGCCUAGAUGUGCAAUAGGAGCAGGUGAUUGUGGCUUUGCCAGAUUCACUGCAUGUUUCCUGGGUCCUGCUGUAACCUCGCCCUGCCUCCUGUGGUCGCAUCUUCCUACUUCCUUUGAUGGAGGAGAAGAGGGCAGGCAGGUGUGAGUGCUCCAGCAAAAAGAAGCAGUGACAACCACACGGCCAGGCCGCUGCCCAGGUUGAAGGAUUCUGCCCUGCUCCUCAUGAUUUGCAGAGCAGAGCGGGGUACUUGGCUCUGGGCUGGAAGUACAACUCCACUCAACAAACUUCUUUCCCACUAAACUUUGGUAAAUGGAAACAAGGGUGAAGAAAAUAUUUUUUUUUUCUUUUUUAACUGGUAAAUAAUUAAAAGAGAAAACCCUU